UUUGGUUUCCCUCCUACUGGUUCUGGAGAAGAGUGGUCUUCUUUCUUUCUUUAUACUACUCGUCCAAAAAUAUCUCUUCUGUUCUGUUCUGUUCUUCAACCCAUUUUCUUCUCCUCUAAACCUCCUCAUAGCGAUGGCGAUUGCUCCAUUUUUGCUAGAAUCAAACCUCAAAUGGAACCACCAUUUACUGCAGCCACCAAGUCCAAUUCGAUUUCUUUACGGGGUCCCCUCCUUGUCACUCUCCUCCUCUACCGUUACCGUUAGGAGGCUUCAUAGACCCUCUUCGAAAUUCAAUCUCAAAUGCCUCUUCGCCAACUCUAAAUCUUCCACCCAGGAGGAUCACAAUUCUGCUAAGCUUAAGCUUCUCAAUAAUAAUAAUAAUAAUGGUGACCCGUUUGAGGUUGUGGCAAGAGGUAUUGUGAAUGCCCUCAAGGCUUUGCGUAAGCCCGCGGUGGCCGCCCUGCUUGUCGGUCUGUUUUUAAUGUACGAUCCCAACUCGGCGUUGGCCGCAUCCGGCGGCAGAGUCGGCGGACGCUCUUUUUCCUCAUCCUCCUCAUCCUCAUCCAGGAGUUACUCCACCCGGAUUGCGGGCCCCAGCUUUUCGUAUUCCGUGCCCUACUAUGCCCCCUCCCCUUUUGGAUUUGGAGGAGGAGGUGGGGUUUACGUAGGUCCUGCUGUUGGGGUUGGUUCCAGUUUCUUUCUCAUAAUGAUGAGCUUCGCUGCUUUCAUUCUCGUCUCUGGCUUCCUAUCCGACAGGUCUGAGGGCAGUGUGCUCACAGCUACUGACAAAACAACUGUCCUUAAGCUGCAGGUUGGCUUAUUGGGCUUGGGUAGAUCACUUCAGAGGGACUUGAACCGGAUUGCACAAGUAGCUGAUACAUCCACACCAGAGGGAUUAAGCUAUGUAUUGACAGAGACAACUUUAGCCUUGCUUCGCCAUCCUGAUUAUUGCAUCUCAGCUUAUUCAUCUGUUGAUGUUAAAAAGAGCAUGGAAGAAGGUGAGAAACGGUUCAAUCAGCUCUCAAUUGAGGAGCGUGGUAAAUUUGAUGAAGAAACACUUGUCAAUGUGAAUAACAUUAAAAGGCAAAGUUCAAUGAGCCAGAGAGCAAAUGCAUUCAGCAAUGAAUAUAUUGUGGUAACUAUCUUGGUGGCUGCUGAAGGUGCUUAUAAGCUGCCUACCAUUAAUGGCAGUGGAGAUUUGAAGGAAGCAUUGCAAAAUGUUGCCUCUAUUCCCUCAAGUAGAACACUGGCAGUUGAGGUGUUAUGGACUCCACAAAAUGAAAAUGACACAUUAUCAGAGCGACAACUUCUGGAAGAUUACCCGCUGUUGCGGCCUCUGUGACACACCGUACCACACCUAUACAGCUACAACUUGUUUCCAAUUUGCUCACGAUAUAGUUGCUUGAAGCAAAGCAUAGCAUAACAUCACAUCUUUUUGAUAUCGCAAUCACAGUAGAUAGAUAGAUAGAUAGAUAGAUACAAUUUGUACAUUACAAAAUUUCUGUGGUACAACUUACAAGAAUCAGCACGUGAGAUUCUGUUCAUGGAAAUGUACGUGUAUAUAAAUGCCUGCCCACCUCUUUCACUAAUCACUAUAAUUAUCACA